AUGCAGAUAGACAGUGAUGAUGAGAAAAUCCUGGCUGAAGGUUAUGGUCCACAAGCCCCAUCGUCUGAUCCCACUAGAUCCCUUACAGUGGAAGAGACAACACAUCCAGACUCCACCACAUUUAAAAUUAGGGAAGUCUCCAAGCUGCUUGCAUCUUCAUCUGCUCCUGUGUCUGAGACAAGCAAUUCGGUUUCUCCAAGUCCUACUGAUCAUUCUCCUACUAGAGAGAAAAGGAAAUCCAAGCGUAAAGGUAUUCCAGAAAAAGUGUCUGUGGAAAUUGGUGAUGACAAUCUUGACACUGUUCAACCAGAGAAGAGACGAAGAUCAGCUGAGUCGGUUAAGGCUGAAAGUGACCCACCUGUCCAACAGGUGUUUAAAACCUUGAGAUCGUCAGUCAAGAAUAAGGCCCCAGCGACUGUUUCCACCACUGCUACCAGAAAAAUGAAAGCUUCUACAACUUCAAGAGGAAUGAGUGUCACUCCUGAUGUUCAAGCUGCUUCUGACAGUCCUGACACCACCAUUUACAAGCCACAGUUUGUUUCUGCUACAGCUCAAGGCAAAUGGUCAACUAUGGUGCGACGAGAACUCAUUGUUCAGCGAUCAGUUGAUGAGAAUCAGUUAAAUUCUGUCUGUGAUGUAUUACCCUUGCUCAGUGAGGUUGGCCUCAUGAAGACUGUAACAUCAAUUUGCCCCUACUUGAAGCUGCUGACCUACGAGUUUUACUGCAAUCUGAAUGAAGAAAUUGACAACCUUACGGGGACCCGGUGGCAGCAGAUUUUCAUCAGAGGAAAGUGGUAUGUUUUCGGUCCAGACAUGAAUACAUGA